UAUUUAUUAUUAUGUCAGUUUUGGUCCUCCAUAUUCACAAGUAUUCAUAAAUAGAAAUGUGUAAAGAUCUGAUUGCAACGUUUCUGCGUGUACUGAAGGGGGCAGCAAUACGCCAUAGUUUGGUUCAUCCCGCCUGAUCCAUGAGGAAGAAGUAAACAAAAGCGUUUAUCCUGAAACUUUUGGAGUCUCGCACAAGACUCCAAAAGUUAUGGUGUCUUAUGUCUGCUUUAUUAAAGGUUAUGCUGAUAAGAGUAGCUCUGUUCAGGUAAGCUUGUCCUUUCAAAUACACUUGGGCGCGACUGCAGUGACUAAUUUGUUGUCCGUGAACUUGUUGGUAAAGCUGGUUAAGUAAUGGUUUCAUAAUGUUUUCAGGUACUUGUGUGCUCUGCGGCCAACAGUUUGGCUAGCAGCUUGGAACAGUCUGCUUUGUUAAGUUUAUACGAACCUGCCAGUUCACAGUUAAACGCCUUUAACAUCGGGUUUUUUAAUGUUUAAAAGGUAUACUUCUAAAAUACAGAUUCCUUGUUGAUCUGUUUCUCCCCAGUUGUGACUAUGGGGAUUUCAGUUUCCUGCAUCUCUAAGGAAACAACCCUCAUUGAUAAAGAGGACAACUUGUCUUUUCCUGUGGAAGAUGGAAUGACAGAGAAUGGCAGUUUGGCUGACGUCUCCCAGUUUCCUUACGUGGAAUUCACAGGAAGGGACAGUGUGACGUGUCCAACAUGUCAGGGCACUGGGAGAAUCCCCAGAGGACAGGAGAAUCAACUUGUUGCAUUGAUUCCAUACAGUGACCAAAGACUGCGGCCAAGAAGGACGAAGUUGUAUGUAAGCGCAUCAGUGGUGCUCUGCCUGUUGCUGUCCAGUCUGGCUGUUUUCUUCCUCUUCCCUCGCUCCAUUAAUGUAUCCAAUGUGGGAGUCAAGUCUGUUUAUGUCAGCUAUGACCUGGAUCAGCACAUCGUCUAUCUCAACAUCACGAACAUUCUGAAUAUCACCAACAAUAACUAUUAUCCAGUGGAAGUGGCCAACAUCACAGCACAGGUGCAGUUUGCCAGGACGGUGAUUGGUAACUCUCGCAUCAGUAACGUCAUCACUAUAAGUCCUCUGAACAUGAAACGGAUUGAUUAUAUGGUCCCCACUGUCAUUGGAGAUGAGUUAAACUACAUGUAUGAAUACUGCACCCUGGAAACCAUCAAGGUACACAACAUUGUUGUCAUGACUCACGUGACCAUCACAGCAACAUACUUUGGCCACUCAGAGCAGAUUUCUGAGGAGAUGUAUCAGUACGUGGACUGUGGGGGGAACACCACCGCCAUCAGAGGGAUAACCCGACCAAUUGGCAACCCUGCUGAGUAAUGGCUCUCAUUCAGACUAGCACCAUCAUGGUUUAGGUUUUGAUUUUGUAAAUGUUCAAAAAUUGCUGUAUUCAAUCACAAAAGUGUAAAAUUAAUGAUAAAUAUUUAUAAGUGAAGAGAAAGUUUAAUUGUAAUAUGAAAAACUGUUUCUAGCUUAUAUAAAUGAACAAUUAUUAACAAUUACUAAAAUCAACCUUACUAAUAUUUGUUUUCUUGUAAGUAAAUAUUUUAAAAUUGGAAGAUAGAGAACAUCACCCAGUUAAACUGGCUCCCUGAAGCUCAGAGAAUAGACUUGAACUACUGUUGUUGGUUUUUAUAUCACUGAACUGCUUUGCACCAAAAUAUAUUACAAUAUGCUCUACAAAUAAUAAAUCAAGUUUAUCUGUACAGCA